AUGGAAGCUCGAGUUGGGGGGGACGGCGGCGCCGCCACAAGGAACAUUGUCCAGCACCACCAGUCGCGUGCUGCUGGGACGUCCCCUCAGCAGUCUCUGUCGCCCCAGAUUGGCACCGUGCCGCAGCUCUUCGCCGGCGGGGUUGCCGGAGCUUUCAGCAAAACCUGCACGGCCCCACUAGCUCGGCUCACCAUUCUGUUUCAGGUUCAGGGCAUGCACUCAGAUGUUGCAGUCAUGAGCAAGCCCUGUAUCUGGCGGGAGGCCUUGCGCGUGGUCAACGAAGAAGGUUUUCGAGCCUUUUGGAAAGGAAAUUUGGUCACGGUGACUCACCGGCUUCCGUACUCGUCGGUCAAUUUCUAUGCCUAUGAACAGUAUAAGAAGAUUCUGAAAUCGAUCCCUGGCCUUGAUGGGCAAGAAAAAAAUGCCGGUUCGGAUGUUUUUGUGCACUUUGUUGGCGGUGGAUUGGCCGGAAUAACUGCCGCCUCAGCUACUUACCCGUUGGAUCUUAUCAGAACACGUCUUGCAGCACAGAGAAAUGCGAUAUACUAUAAGGGCAUAAGUCAUGCUCUUCGUACCAUAUGCAGAGAUGAAGGUUUUCUUGGCUUAUACAAAGGAAUGGGGGCUACAUUACUGGGCGUUGGACCCAGCAUAGCUAUUAGCUUUUCAGUAUACGAGAGUUUGAGAUAUAAUUGGCAUUCUCGAAGGCCCCACGACUCUACUGUCUUGGUCAGUCUCGGAUGUGGCAGCCUUUCGGGCAUCGCAUCAUCAACAGUAACUUUCCCAUUGGACCUCGUGAGGCGAAGAAUGCAAUUGGAGGGUGCGGCUGGCCAAGCCCGAGUGUACAAUGUGGGCUUGCUCGGGACUUUUGGGCAGAUAAUUCGAACAGAAGGCUUUCGUGGACUGUAUAGAGGGAUUAUGCCGGAGUAUUGUAAGGUUGUUCCAACUGUCGGGAUUGUUUUCGUGACCUACGAAACACUGAAGAAGCUACUCUCGAACGGGGCUUUGAGUUAG